GGAACAAGUCUUCUGUUGCUGAUUUCUGCGACCGGAGAGAGCAAACUGCGAGUUAGAAAUCAGAUUUAGAGGACGAACAUUAGCAAUCUAACGUUAGGCAAUUUCCAAUGGCCCUGGAGACUGUACCUAAAGAUCUUCGCCACUUGCGAGCGUGUCUCUUGUGUUCCCUUGUCAAGACCAUCGAUCAGUUUGAAUAUGAUGGCUGCGACAACUGUGAGUCCUACCUCCAGAUGAAAGGAAACCGGGAGAUGGUUUACGAGUGCACAAGCUCAUCUUUUGAUGGGGUGAUAGCGAUGAUGAGCCCGGAGGAUAGCUGGGUGGCAAAAUGGCAGAGAAUUAGCAAUUUCAAACCCGGGGUCUAUGCUGUAACCGUCACAGGACGAUUGCCUCCAGGUGUUGUGAGGGAGCUGAAAAGCAGAGGAGUGAUCUACAAGUCCAGAGACACAGCUGUCAAGACAUAAGAAUGGCACCAUCAAUCACGUUUCAUUCCUGUAAAAACGGCCCUGAUUGUCAUGUCUUCUCAUGCGGAUGAGUCAUUUGUCCUGUUUUGUAAACUGAACAUGUCUCCAUAUUUCACAUUAUCUGUGACAUCUCUUGAAUAGUCCAUUGUUCUUGUUUUGAGUAGAGUAAAGAUUUGUUGAAUAAGGAUAAUAAAGGACUAUUGUCUUUUUUUAUUGGGGAACGAUGUGUGUAUGUUGGAAUUUGUGUUGAGAUUACUUCUGUAUUUCUAAGAGGAAAUGGAAUGGGUUUAUUUGUGUUAUUAGAAUUCAAAAUGAUUAUUUUGUUCUGCUGUUUCCAUUCCUUUUGAGGGCUCCCUUUGGGGAAAUGCCCCAAAAUUUUAAAGUACC